UCGUUUUGAAGCAACGCGAGCAAUGUGAUCGGUGGUUUGUCGACGUGAUGACGUCAGAUCACGAAGCAUAGAGUCGAGAAUGCGUUUUAAAGCUGAGUAGGGCGUGAAAUCGUUCAUUUUGUCGUGCGUCGGAUGAAAGUAUGGGCGAGUAGUAGUAUAAACGAGUGGCUGUUGUUUUAUUCACGGGAUAAUUAUGCUUGGUGUUGUUUUAACGUGAUUGACGUAAUUGAAUAGUGUACCAUGUUCCGCUGCAUUCCAAUUUUUAAAGGGUGUAACAGGCAGGUGGAAUACGUUGACAAGCGUCAUUGCUCUCUGCCGUGUGUUCCUGAUGACAUCCUGCGAUAUUCGAGGAGUUUGGAGGAGCUUCUACUAGAUGCCAAUCAUAUCCGUGAUCUACCAAAAAAUUUCUUUCGACUUCAGAGGCUACGAAAACUUGGUUUGAGCGAUAAUGAGAUACAUCGUUUACCACCGGACAUCCAGAAUUUUGAAAACCUCGUCGAGUUGGACGUGUCCAGAAAUGAUAUACCAGAUAUCCCUGAAAAUAUCAAGAAUUUACAAGCGCUGCAGGUGGCAGAUUUUAGCAGUAAUCCCAUUCCAAGGCUUCCAGCAGGAUUCGUACAGCUAAGAAAUUUAACUGUACUUGGACUUAAUGAUAUGUCUCUUACAAACUUGCCACCUGAUUUUGGAAGCUUGGAGGCACUACAGUCACUGGAAUUAAGAGAAAAUUUGCUCAAAUUCUUGCCUGAAUCGCUCUCCCAACUUUUAAAACUCGAACGGUUGGAUCUCGGUGACAAUGAGAUCGAAGAAUUGCCUGCACAUGUAGGACAAUUACCAGCACUACAAGAAUUGUGGCUCGAUCACAAUCAAUUGCAACAUUUGCCACCUGAAAUUGGUCAAUUAAAAACACUAGCAUGUUUAGAUGUUUCGGAAAAUCGUUUAGAGGAUUUGCCUGACGAAAUUGGUGGUUUAGAAUCAUUGACGGACUUGCAUUUAUCACAGAAUGUUAUUGAAAAGUUACCUGAUGGAUUGGGUGAAUUGAAAAAGUUAACUAUUUUUAAAAUAGAUCAAAAUAGACUUUCUACUUUAAAUCCAAAUAUAGGAAGAUGCGAAAAUUUGCAAGAGUUAAUUCUUACAGAGAAUUUUCUUUUAGAACUACCACUAUCUAUAGGCAAACUUAACAAUUUAAAUAAUUUGAAUGUUGACAGAAAUAGCUUACAAUCUUUACCGAUAGAAAUUGGAAAUUUGAAAAAGUUGGGUGUGUUAUCUUUAAGAGAUAAUAAGUUACAAUAUCUCCCAAUUGAAGUGGGACAAUGUACUGCUCUUCAUGUUCUAGAUGUAUCUGGCAACAGAUUACACUAUUUACCAUAUUCCUUAAUCAACCUGAAUUUGAAAGCAGUGUGGUUAAGCGAAAAUCAAGCGCAACCAAUGCUAACGUUUCAAACAGAUAUUGAUGAAGAAACUGGACAAGAAGUACUAACGUGUUUUCUUUUGCCGCAAUUGGAAUUUCAUCCUGAUGAUUCAGGUAGGCUAGGAAUGUUAGUUGGUAUGAGAAAUGUUCAAGGUUGUGAAAUGCGUGAACUAACAAGUAGUGAUGAUGAAGGUUGGCAAGAAAGAGAAGCCUCUAGAACGCAUUCCGUAAAAUUUACUGAUGAACCACCAGAAACCGAUAAAGAGAUUCCAUUUAUACGUCAAAAUACACCACAUCCAAAAGAAUUAAAAGCUAAAGCGCAUAAGUUAUUUAGCAAAGGAAAAAAUGAAAGUCGAUCUGAAUCUACAGAUGAACAGGAUGUUUCUCAAACAUUUGGUUUAAAUAAAACAGAAUCAGAACUACCAAUUAAUUCAGCAGACAUACCACAAUGUGUUUCUGAACAGGAGGAAUAUGUAGAAUGCAAUAUGACACAAAAUGAUCAUAAAGUGACAGCACUUGGCAUUGAAGCUGAUAGUACAGAUAAUCAACUUAACAAAGAAGCAGAUCUUCUCAUUCAAUCUGCUGCAGAACUUUAUGUCAAUGCAGGAACUGAAAAUUCCAUCUCAGAAUUAAAAGAACAAGAUGAAGAAGAAUCUGAAAAUGAAGAUGUGCAAAGACAUGUUGAAUUUAAUGUUGUAGACGCAAAUAACGAAGAUGUUUGUGAUUUAAAUAAACCUAAUAAACUUCAACGUAGAGACACUCCACAUCAUCUGAAAAAUAAACGCAUUCACACAGCAGUUGAUAAAGAAAAAGUUGCUUCUAUUAUUGCACAGGCACUUAUGAAAAAAGUUGAUGAUACUUCAGCACCUUUGCCAUCACAAGUAGAUUCUAUGGAAACAUUCGACACGCAUAGUCAAGAUGCAAUAUCCGAUAUUGAACCAGCAUUGGAAAUACGAGAAGAACAAUAUGAAAUUCAUAUUGAAAGAACGACAGGUGGAUUAGGUUUGUCAAUAGCUGGUGGUAUUGGAUCGACGCCUUUUAAAGGUGAUGAUGAAGGCAUUUUUAUUUCAAGAGUUACUGAAGGUGGACCUGCAGAUUUGGCUGGUUUGAGAAUAGGAGACAAAGUAAUAUCUGUAAAUGGAGUAUCAGUAGUAAAUGUAGAUCAUUACGAUGCUGUAGAAGUAUUGAAAGCAUGUGGACGUGUACUUGUGUUAGUUGUCAUAAGGGAAGUCACAAGGAUAAUUCCGCCGUAUGAACAGGCGUCAAUGAGAAAAGAUUCCGCAUGCUCUAGUUUAAGUACAAGUAGAGCACCAAGUGCAACAUCUUAUGUUUCAUCUACAGCAUUGUCACAUACUUUAGAAAAUGGCGAUACAUCUGGAUCUCAUGAAACUGCAAAGAUAAAAAAGGUCUCCGAGCAUAUAACAACUGUAAGAGAUAAUGAACCUAUGGUACCUGUUCUCUUUCACACAACAUUAAUACGAGAUCAAAAUGGGCUUGGAUUCAGUAUUGCCGGUGGAGAAGGUUCGCAACCAUUUAAAGAUAAUAGCGAUGCAAUUUUUAUCUCGAGAAUAACAGAUGGUGGAGUUGCCCAAAAAGAUGGUAAAUUAUUAGUUGGAGACAAAGUAAUAUCUAUUAAUGGAGUAGAUAUGAGAGGAGCGAAACAUGAACAAGCAGUAGCUUUACUUACAGGCUUAGAAAGAUUUGUUCGAUUAGUAGUCGAACGGGAAAUACCGCUUUCUCAAGCAAAUCUUGCUACUGUUGUAACUCCAUCUGAAAAGCCGUCACGUGUUAUAGGUGCACCUAAACCUUAUACAGGCCUGUAUAAUGCUAAUAGUUACAUGGCAAAUAGGCCUGGAUACGGUGGCUAUCGUUGCUCCAUGGAUGUUGACAAAGCAUUGACACCGAGUCCUACUUCGAAAACGCCACCACCAGCAUUACCUGUGAAAUCUGAUGUUAGUGAGGCGCUUAAAAUGAAUGGUGUAACUGAUUCGGAAAAUGCUCUGAAGAAUGUUUCAUCAAUGUCUCCUAGUCCGACAAAUAAUCAAACGUAUCCACAGCCAGCUCCAAGAUAUGGUGUUUCGCAGACGACAUCUACAAAUAAUAUUGGUUCUGCAGUUCCAAUUCCUCAUGCGGAAUCUAUACCGGCAUCUUCGCAGGAAGACAUACAGGUACCGAAGCCAAUCACCAACGAGGAAUUUCAAGCUAUGAUCCCUGCUCAUUUCCUUCGACCUCCAACAUCCUCACCUUCACCAGACUCCCAUCAAGGCCCAAUUGUGACAGUGACGAUAAAGCAACCCGAUACUUUGCCUGGAGAUGUUAGCUUUCCUCCAGCUCCUACCACACUCGGUAAAGUUACUGAGAUCAUCACAAAGAGUACGCUCACCGAAACCGUCGUAACUAGAGUGACUGACAACCAAUUGGUGCAACCAUUUAUUAUUGAGGAUGUUGUGCUUGUCAAAGAAGGUUCCUUAGGGUUCAGUAUCAUAGGAGGAACCGAUCAUUCGUGUACACCAUUUGGUGCAAAGGAACCGGGAAUUUUUAUAUCUCACGUUGUUCCUGGUGGCAUAGCAGAUAAAUCUGGUAAAUUAAGAAUGGGUGAUAGAAUAUUGAAAGUAAAUGGUACAGAUGUGACGAAGGCUACACAUCAAGAAGCAGUAAUGGAACUUCUAAGACCGGGUGAUCAGAUCGUGCUUACCAUUCAACAUGAUCCACUUCCAGAAAGUUAUCAGCUGGUCGAAAUAGAGUACAUCCCUGUGACAGAAUUAGUAAUAACAAAGGAAGUAGGCGAAAAGCUUGGUAUGCAUAUUAAAGGAGGACGCAGAGGACAAAAAGGCAAUCCUUUAGAUCAUACUGAUGAGGGUGUUUUUAUAUCGAAAAUUAAUUCAGGUGGUGCAGCUAAGAGAGAUGGACGGUUAAAGGUUGGAAUGAGGUUAUUGGAAGUCAAUGGCACAUCAUUAUUAGGUGCGACUCAUCAAGAAGCUGUCAACAUUCUUCGUUGCUCAGGGAAUACUAUUACGCUGGUUGUAUGUAAGGGUUAUGAUAAAAAUGAAGUUGAAUCUACAUUAACAUUAUCCGAUAACAGAGAUAACAAAGGAGUUAAAGCUCACGAAUCAAGAGAUCCAACUAAAGAUGAUACUAAAUCUCUGUCGCAAAGUGUAUCUAGUUUGGAUCGAGAUGAUGAAGAAGCUGCGAUUCUGAGACAAGAACAAGAAAUGAAAGCUGAACUUGUUGCUUGGGAACAAGAAGAACGAGAACGUGUGCUUGUAGAGCAAAGAGAGAAAUCUACACCUGAAAAGGUAUUAGAUGUUGUACGUGCGGCAGAAUCGUUAGUAAGCAAAUCAAAUAGUCCUAUUGAUACGAUUGUACCACCAAAGUCACCGGGGGGCACUAAAGAUCUCAAAACUACUACAAUUGUCAUGAGUAAACAUACAUUAGCACCUCAAAAUCCUAAUAAUUAGUCAAACUGGCUAAGACGUCUUCUACGGGAUGCUGGGAAAUCCAAGUUUAAGUUCUGGCUGUUAUUUCAGUUAAAUUGAUAAUAUGAUAUUAUGAAUCAAAUUUUACUCUAAGUAGUUGCACUGAAAGUUUAAAAGUAACGCUGCGCAGUUUGAAUGAACUAGAAAAUGUAUCAGUUACACAAUGAGCAUUAAGAUUUAUUUUGACCAUUUAUUCACCCAUCUCUACUUCAAUUGUGCUAUUUACAUAUACGGUUAUAUAUUAUUCAAAAUAAUAUUUGUUUCUAACUUUAAAACCGGCAAAGUUGCAUGUUUGUUUCCUAUCUCAAAAAAGUAGGCGAUGGAAAGAAUUUGUCACAAAAUCGUUGUCAAACAUUAGACUUACUGAAUGUCGAGUAGACAAACUCUUAAGUGGACACGUCAAACUUAAGUGGACACUACACUUAUAGGAGACAUAAGUUUUGUGUAAACAACAAUGUUGUCAGUUAUUAUUUAUGAAAAACGUUAUUUGGAAGCAGAAUAAUGUCUCCUUAAACAAUUUUGACAAAUAAUUACUUUUUUUUAGUUAUUGCUAAAAACGCAAUUUUGUACGGCAAAGAAAAUAUAAAGAAGGGUGUUGAAAAAAAAAAUGAUUUUUUACCGAUCGGAGAAAAUCUUGAGAUUUAGUUUUUGGUCACAGUUUUGAGGAUGCUGAGUUUAAAUACGAUAGUUGAAAACAAUUAAAAACUUGGGAAAAUACAUUGUAGUUAGAAAUAAUGUCAGCGAUCUGUAUUAACUAUAUAACCAUAUAAUUAACUAUAGCGAAAUUCAAAUAAAAAGAAUAAUGCGUAUUAUACAUUAAAUGAAUAUGCAAAUAUCAUUAUAUAGGUGACUCUAUUUACAUACGUAUAUUACAUACGUAUGUAUUAGUGUGUCCAAUUAUACCUGUUUAACUAACAAAGAGAAUGUUAACAUCUGCUAACUCUACUUUUGAAUGAGCCAUUGUGUAUUCGAAAGAGGAGGUGAAAAACAUGUUUUGGCUUUUGGGUGAAUGGGCAAUUUUUGAGAAAAUUGCAUUUAAAUAUGUGCAUUUUUCCCGAUAAGGUAAGUACAAUGAAAAGUCACUUUUUAAACAAGCCGCUCAAAUUCGCGCAAAAUUCGGGAUCUUUGAGAAUUUCCAGAAGGUAAGAUUUGGUUAAUGGCACGGAUGCAGAGGCGACCUUUGCGAAGUGUUCGUUUAGCGAGGCAAGAGAGAAAGAAGUUGUAAGUGAGAGGCGUGUUUUGCCACAUAUGCCCAGUUUGCACAGAUUGGCCUAUAAUGCACCCGAUUCGCGGCAGUUUUAAUUUAUUUGAUCUUACAUGUAAGAGUUCUUAGCGCAGUCGAGCAUGUUAUUUACUAUUUACCGUAAGUCCUUAUAGCGUUGAAUAAGUGAUGGCGAUAGCUUUGGCGGCUCUGUAGACAUUGUUGCGGGUGCGCAUGAGCUUAUGCAGUUUAUGCGAUACCCAUGGUUUACGCCUGUUGCUGACAAUUGAGCACUUAAUCGGGGCAAUAAUGUUGUAGGCUGAUAAUGUUGCUGCUGUAAGCGCACUCGCGUAAUCGUCGAUGUUUAUUUGAGAUGUGUAUUUGCCACACAGUGAGGACAAAGAUGGGAGGUGUUGAAGGAGGUUAUCGAUGACGGUGGAGGUGGCCAAGCUCAUGUUACGUUUGAAUAGGGUUAAUCGACGAUUUAUUGAUAGCUUAAAGUCAAUGUUGAUGAGAUCGUGCCCAGCAAUAAAGGGUGCUGCUGAUUUGAAGAAUUUGAUGAUAAGCGAAGGAUUGCUGACAAUAAAAAUGUCCAACAAUGUGCUAUAUCACAUCAUUGCAAAUUUCGUGGUGAGUGGGACCUGAUUGAACUAUGUGCAGGGAUAAACUGUCAGCAGCAGAACGAAGAAAUGCGGAGGCAGAGUUGUCCUUGAGAAGAUGGAUAUUGAAGUCACCCACGAUUAUUAUAUCUAAGAAAUCGUGGAUGAAGGCGGACAAUUUCGAAGAGAACGAAAGAAAAAGCUGCAGUGGGGCGACGGUAUAUACUAUGGUGCACAAGAUGGAGGAGGAUGGGAAUUGAGAGGAAAGACCCGGCACCAUUAUCUUAGUAUAAGGUAUUCGGGUGUAUUAUUAUAUUAUGGUUUUGACGAAGCGAGUACAGUGACAGAAGGAGUUGCGAAUAUAGGCUCCCACCCCGCCCCCCUCCUUGUCAGUUCUAUCCAGUCGAUAGAGAUUAUAGCCGGCUAUAUUCAGGAUAUCAUUAGAAUCGAGGGCAGUGAGAAAUGUCUCAGAAAGCGCGAAUAUAUCGUAAUUGUUGGAGCAAAUUUGAUUUUCGAUGAGAGAGAAGUGGGUUUUUAGUCGAUUUACGUUGGAGUGAGCAAUGAAUAGGGGGGAGGAGGAGUGCUUCCUCGGUGCAUCGGCGGCCGAGUGUAGUCAGCGAGAGCUAAAAGGCAAGGUGGUCAGCACGGAGUCGUCAGUAAUCGAUACAGAUGGCGAUUGCCGCGAUUUACGUAAGUGUCCGUUCGUGAUAAACUGUUAAGUUUAUCACGAACGGACGAAGGUAGUUGUUUUGUCCAGCGAACCUGGAAGCACUUUACCUCACCAGGAGCUCGUGCACUUCUUUGGGCCAUAGGGGUCGCAGACGCAGCGAGAUGGACGCAUGGCUGUCAUGUAGGUCUGGUAGCUCAGCCAUAGAUAGCUUAAAUGCCGAUUUCAUCAGGGUCGCGUACAUUCGGAGAUGCGAGCUUAAGAAUGAUGUCGCGCGCGGAAUCAGACGAUCGGGCCCCAGCGGGAAGGGCGGCAGAAGCAGAAGCGGAGGUAUAGGCGGGAGCAAGGGCGGAGGAGGCGGAAGAAGAAAAAUCCCCGCGGAUCUGUGCGUUCCACGGCCGGAUGGACAGCACCAAAGGCACCAGCGAGGCGAAAACAGCACUCACUAUGUCUGCGUUGCCUUUAUUACAAUUGGAGGGUAUACCCGUCAACAGCACAUCGCAAUUGUCGGUGAUGGCGCAGUCGGUCCGCAGCGUGUUUGGCCCCGCUGGCGCGGCUCUAUUCUCAAGGAGUUGUAUUCGCUUUUCGAGCAAAGGCAGAGUGCCGAUUUUAGUUUCUACGGUCGUUAGGCGAAUAUUAAAGGCCGACACCUGCGUCUCAAGGCUGAGAAUUUUAUUCUCAAGGCCACCGAUCCGCUCCGCGAGCUACCCAAGAGCAGACAUGUUUUGUUUUAAUAGCGCUGCAAUGUCAGCCAUUGACACCGCGCAGGGAGCCUCCCCGAUCGGCCUCUGAGAGCCGCUCUUGCUCAUCCCGCGCGGCGCGACGGCAGCGCCCUGAAGGGAAGCAGGCAGCCUCGCGGGCUGCGCACCAGCGGUGGGGCGCACAGGCGACAUUACGGCGGUCGUACCCGGAUUCUCGAUCGCGGCCGAACUCCUCAGCGCACAAUGGUUUGUGGUAAGGAUGAGGUGCUGGAGUAGGAGUAGGAGGGGAGUAGGAGGAGGAGGGAGGAGUUGAACCAGGCGUGCUAGCGGCGGAACUUAUCGAUGCCGAGGUUUGCGGAAAGAAAAAAGAAGUAUCGGUCAGCGAAGCCGGUAUUGGCGCGGAAGUCGGAGUGUUCUCCGGUGAAGCACAGCAUGCGAGGUGGUUGAGCGAGUCGGGCGCCGCAAGGCAGCGAGCAUGAGACAGGCGGAAGCAGCCAAGACACAACGUGAGUGGUUCGUUCCUGGUUGUCAAGCGCUUGGAGCAGACCGGGCAGCGGCCUCCAAGCUUGUCUUCCAUGAUCAUCGGCGAUGAUCAUUACUGCGUGAUCAUUUCGCAGUUGUUACUCAUUUGGUCGACCGAUGGUUUAAUAGCAAGCAGUUUCAAGUACGGCGGUUGAAGACGCUGAUAUUGCCGAGUAAAUAAUGGCCCGUCGGAAAAAGAUCCUCGCAGAAAAUAACCUCAAUGCGUGCAAGAAACUAGUUGAUGAAAACACAUAGCUAUGCAAUUUAGAUAGGCAACCGAUAGAUCAGAUUGUAGCUUGCAAUCGAGUGCAUGCAAGAGAAGCUGCAACAGAUGUGCCCGAAGGCAUGCAACGGCAGAAAGCAGUUUGAAAAGCAGAGAGCACAAACAGACGUCAAGUCGUACUUACGUGCGCAUAGAGAUUGAUUGAUUGAUUUAAAUUUAUUAUGCCCAAGCAGAGCUAAAGGGCAAAAAUACAAUAAGCAGUAGAUACAGCAAAACAAUUUUAAAACAUCAAGUGGUCGAACGCAUAAUUAUCGCAUAGUGCAAUUGAUAAGGUAGAUGAAUUGAUGAUUCUUACAGUUAAUUAUACAUAGCAGUAACUCGGAAACAAGUGAGUAUAUAAAUUUUACAGUAUCAAAGUAGAAAAAGGUGAAAUACAAAUUCAGAUAACAGAUACAAAAGCAGUGUGGAAGCAUAUUAGUCAGUGAGAUACGCAGUUAUAUAAGAAUAAAGACCAGGCUGAUGAAGUGAUAUUAUGAUAAUAAGUUUCAGUUGCACGUAAAAGUAAGACAAAAGUGUAGUAAGAAUGGGAAUUAAGUGUCUCAGAGGCAAUUAAAAACUUACAAAGAAGGUUUUUGAAAAUAGCGAGAGAGGAAGCUGACGUAAUGUUGUCAGGAAGAGAAUGCCAAAAAUAAAUGGAGAAGAGACGAAAGGAGUUCCUGUAAAUAGUGGUUCUAUGGGGAGGGAUGUGAAACAUAACCGAUGAUGAUGUAGAACGAUCCGAUCUCCUUACAACCGAUGAUGAUGUAGAACGAUCCAAUCUCCUUACAAUAGAGCCUUACUGGGUCUAUAGGAGUAAAGAGCUUACUUAAGUAAGAAGGAGACUGCAGAUACAGGAUUUGAUAGAUCAAACAGCCAAGAAAAUAGAGUCUUCUAUUCCUGACUGGGAGCCAUCCCAGACGGCGCCUGAACGGGGUGAUGUGUUCAUCUCUCUUUACGUUAAAAAUAAAUCUAAUACAACAGUUGACUAAUCUCUGAAGUUUGAUAUUAAGCUCAUUGCUGAGGUCAUUGUAGACAAGGCAACAGUAGCCCAGGUGAGGUAAGAUAAGGGUUUUGACAAGUUUACUUUUAAGCUCCGUAGAAGGUGAGCCCUUGUUAAAUUUGAGCUUAUACAAAGCAUGAUGGACAGAUUGCGAGACAUGAAGAAUGUGCUUUUUCCACGAAAGGUUGGAGGAAAAAAUAACACCCAAGUUGCGUACUUCACUCACAAACGGUAACGGUGUCUGGUCGACCUUAAUGGGUGAUAAAAGAGCAAGGUCUAAGUAAUUGAUAUAUUGUCGACUGGCAAAAAUUAUAGCUUUGGAUUUAUUAAGAUUUAACUUAAGACCGUUCGUACCAGCAUACUCGGAGACCGCACGAGCAUCCUUAGAUAUCAACUCAAGGCCGUGAGACAAAUCAGAAGGUGUGCAAGAGAGGUAUAUCUGAAGAUCAUCAGCAAAUAACACGUGAUUAGAAUAGGACAAGACCUUAUUGAUGUCAUUAAUGAAUAAAGAAAACAAUAUAGGGCCAAGGACAGAGCCCUCAGGAACGCCUAAGGAAAUGGGCAGCCAAUUUGAGUGAUUCCCGCGUCAUCUGUAACAGUCUGAGUACGGUCAGUCAGGUACCAAAAGAGCCAGAUAAGAACUGAGUCAGAGAACCCAAGGCCCUUGAGCUUGAUCAGCAACCGAAGGUGCAGGACAGUAUCGAAUGCCUUGCUAAAGUCGAACAGAAUCAUUAUUGUGAUGAGUCUGUCUUCAAUUCUAAGUCUGAUGUCAUCACAGACACGUAUAAGAGCGGACUGGGUGCUGUGACCGGGGCGAUAAGCUGAUUGUCUAGGAUCAAGGAGACAGUGCUGAUGAAUAUAGUCAUUAAUUUGAGCAGCAACAAUCCGCUCAAGAACCUUGGACAUUUCGGGAAGAUUAGCGAUGGAUCGCGUAUUAGACGGAGAUAAAGGGGUACGUAUCUUAGAGAGAGGACGAAUGAGGGCUCGCUUCCAUGCAGAAGGGAACGAA